AUGGGCGAAGCACAUAAGCUUGAAAACAUCGAAAAAAAAAACAAGGACAUUGGUCUGUUUGGUGAGUGUUUGCGGUUUCGAAUAGAGCAACACAGAAGGGGAUUCUUGAACACAGAAGAAGAAGGGAUGGUGGAGAAGAAGAAGAGGAAGAUGGAACGUUCCGGAGACAGACACAUCAUUGAUGUGGAGAGGAUGGACACUGAUUUAUGGCAAGUCGUUUAUUCUCUCUGUGUAUGCUCAGCGAUUCGAGGGGAGGAGACGACGAAGACGAACCCUUUUGUUUUCUUAGGCCGAUGGUCGUUUGGAUUUGUUUCCCAGUUUACAGAAAAUCUUCUCUUCCGCUUCACAUGUAAACAUCCAGCUCUUCAUGUUCACAUGACUGGAAGCUAUGGUCAUAUGUUCGUGGAUAUCAGUGAUUUACCAGCUCCAUCUCGUCAUUACCUCGCUGUCAUGGGUGCUUCUCGCCACAGAUGUCUCUCCUUGAUCGAUCAUCACCGUCGGAAGUUUCUGGAGAAGGGAGGCAAUCCAUACUGGCUUCUUGGUGUGGAUUGGGCACACAUGAAAUAUCGAAAACUGGAUUAUCUCAACAGAAUGAUUUGCCAUCGACCAUGGAUGAUUCACUGGAAGAACUUUGCAGUUCUUAUUACUCGUCGCUCUCCAGACGGUGGUCCAGCGUUUUUCUCAAUUUGCUCUCUUCACCAUGCAAUUGGAAUAAUGUCAAUGACUCAUGCAAUGUGCACAGUUGUUUGCUGCAUUGGACUCGAACGUCGUGUUGAUUUGACUCAGGAAGAAAUCGACUUUCUCAACAUUGACGAUAUCGACUACUGGGAGGCUCGUCUAUCUGAGUUGUUCCGAAAAGUUGCCGAUCGUCCAGAAACCAAUGUCGAGUAUAUGAUCAGUGAGAUGAAAAAGACAGAGAAGGGAAUGAAGAGACCAGCUGCCAAGUUGUGUGCAAUGACCACUGAAACCAUUGAAUCCUUGAUCAAUGCUCCACCAGCCACCUACAGUUCCAACCGCAAGAGCUACUCUCCAGUCCUUCUUCUUGCCAAUAUCGAUGAAAAUGGAGAUGAUAUUUUGGAGAAAGAACCACCAUGCGAGUACCCAAUCUAUUCUCACCAUCGCACUUUCGGAUACAUCGACUUCAGAAAGCGUCCUGAAAAGGACAUUCCACCAUUCAGAGUCGAGGAAUUCGGAUGGGAUCACGUUUACAAUACCAUGAAUGAAUACACUGACACUUUGACUUCUCGUCUUGAUCACAUGUUUGAUCAUAUUCGUACUCUCACUGGAAACAUGUCAUCUGCUUCCAACUCAUCUGGCGAGGGAUCCCCAGCCGAUCAAAACGAAAUUGAUACCACUGCUUUCCGUGAGGCUGUCUGGAAUUACACCCAGGGACUCUAUGGAGUUCGUGUCGAUGACUAUGACUAUUCCAAGAUCAACCGUGUGCUCGACAAAGGAACAAAGACUUUUAUCAAGUUGGCUGCCUGCUACCCACACAAAUUGACCACCGAAUUCACCAAGGCUCUUCCAGGAUUCAAAGAUUCUGAGAAGAUCCAUGUGGUGAUGAUGAUCGCUAUGGCUCGUUUCCAAGCUUCAAUGUUCCAUUACACCCGUGCCGUUUGCAACUACAAUGCAAUGUGCCUGUCCAAGAAAGGAUGGAAGAAACCACUCGAUUAA